UUGCUUCAGCCUUGAGCGUCUCCCCCCUUCCCCCUUCCCUUAUAAAAGCCGCCCACCGACUCCUCUCCCCAAGCACUUCGCCUCGCCGCCGUUGCCCGCAACCUCUCGACCCCAUCGCACCCGAUUCGACUCGUCGCCCCCUCCAGAUCUCCGCCCGAGGUAGCAGCAUCUGUUUUGCUGCAGUCUUACAAAGUGGAGGGCUUAGGAGUUGCUGUUUCUUUUAUGUCUGAACAAUCUUCACUUUAUUUGGGAUUGCUGGGAGAAUAUUCUCGUGCGACGAGAAAAAGGCACAAGCUUUUGUUACACUGCAUGCAUCAAGAGCCCAUCUGGUUUUCUUGUUGCUCUGAGGGGUCAUUUGCUGGUGCUCAAAAUUGGCUUGGUUUUCUGCAAGGAUCAGCAGCUACUCGUGCUUCUAAAUUUUGCCACAUCUGAUAGCUGCACAAAGCUUGACUCAAGAUGGCGCUGCAAAAUAUUGGUGCAUCCAACAGGGAUGAUGCCUUCUACAGGUACAAGAUGCCCAGAAUGAUAACCAAAAUUGAAGGGCGUGGUAAUGGCAUCAAGACAAAUAUUGUGAACAUGGUCGAUAUAGCAAAAGCACUUGCCAGGCCAGCUUCCUACACGACAAAGUACUUCGGAUGUGAACUUGGGGCACAAUCGAAAUUUGAUGAGAAGACUGGAAUUUCGUUGGUUAAUGGUGCUCAUGACACUGCAAAGCUGGCUGGUCUCCUUGAGGUAUUCAUCAAGAAGUAUGUCCAAUGUUACGGAUGUGGCAACCCUGAGACUGAGAUUCUCAUCUCGAAAACCCAGAUGUUAUCACUGAAAUGUGCUGCCUGUGGCUUUGUCUCAGAUGUUGACAUGAGGGACAAGCUCACAACUUUUAUCUUGAAGAACCCACCAGAGCAGAAGAAGGGAGGAAAAGACAAAAAGGCCAUGAGAAGAGCUGAGAAGGAGCGACUAAAGGAAGGUGAGGCUGCUGAUGAGGAGAUGAAGAAACUGAAGAAAGACGCUAAGAAGAAAGGUGCAUCUUCCAAGGAUUCCACUGUGAAAGGUGCUUCAAAGAAGAAGGCUGUUGCUGCUGGUGGGUCGGAUGAGGAUCAUUCAACCUCACCAACUCGCAGUAGGGACGGUGACAAUGCAGCUGCAGAUGAGGAUGAUGGCGAUGACGAUGUGCAGUGGGAGACUGACACCUCAUUGGAGGCUGCAAAACAACGCAUGCAGGAGCAACUGAGUGCAGCAACUGCUGAGAUGGUUGUGCUGUCCACUGAGGAGCCAGAUAAGAAGAAACAGGUGCCCCACAAAGAACACACUGCUAAUGGAUCAGCAAAAGACCAAGAGAGCUCUGAUGACAAACCAACCAUCGCUACGGCCACUCCUUACGAUGAACUGGUUGGGGACAUCAAGGCUAGCUUGGGAAGUGCUGCCACACCAUCUCAGCUCAAGGGCGUGCUGGCCACCUCAACCCUGCCUCCACAGGACGUGAUGAACGCCCUCUUUGAGGCGCUCUUCAACGGUGUGGGCAAGGGAUUUGCAAAGGAGGUCUUGAAGAACAUGAAGUACCUCGCUGCUGCUGUGCCUGACGAGGGUGCCCAGACUUCGCUGGUCCAGGCUAUUGAGGUGUUCUGCGGCAAGUGCAGCCCUGAGGCCCUGAAGGAGGUCCCAGUCGUCCUGAAAGCCCUCUACGACGGAGAUGUCCUCGAGGAGGAAACCAUUGUGCAGUGGUACAAUGCGGCCGUGGGUGCUGGCAAGAACUCCCAGGUUCUGAAGAAUGCCAAGCCGUUCGUGGAGUGGCUCCAGAUCGCCGAUUCCGAGUCCGAGGAGGAGUGAGAGCCGACGCUUCGAAACUACCAUUUAAUAAGCUACGUACUAUGUCUUUUGCUUAUCAAGUGUCCUACGAGUUGUCAUGUGUCGGUUUUGUGGUGCCUGUCUCGCGUCUGUUGGUUUUCUGAUACAGUACUGUGUCCCUGUGUGGUGUCUGUUGUAUGGUACUAUUUGUGUGCUGUGACUAUUGGAUUGUGUUAUUUACUUACUCUAUAAGCUGCUAAGGUGCAUGUUUGGAGAUUGUGUUA